AGUACACGUGUUAAGGCAUUCCUGUUUGAGUCCCUUGUCAAGAAAAGUAUCUUGGUUUGAAUUGUCAAGUGGACUUCUCUGUUGCAGUUUUCAUCCUGAUGAAUUUUCUGACCCCCCCACUAAAAUCAUUUGAUGUCUCAGUGGACAGAGAUCGUCUUACAACCUGAAUGAAGCUCUGGGGAGGGGGGCUUCCAGACCACCACAAUGGGAGGAGACAAACUCAACCCUUGGAAAUAUAUAUAUAAAAGAAGAACAGGGAAAACAGGGUAUGUUUAAGUAAUGCUAUGCUUUAAGCUGCAAGGAGAAAAAUAAAAUAUAUCAGGACAAGUGAUUUUUAACAACAGUUAUAGGGCAAUCAACUUCAAAUAGGGCACACAAGAAGUGGACAAAAAUAUUUUGCCUUAAAGGAGCAGAAGAAGAAACUGGAAAUUAGGCUACUUUAAAUAUAGAUCCAUCCUUGAAUGCACCAAGUAUGUAAAUUACCGAAGAUAAUUUAAGUCUGACUUUCACAUGGACAGCUCUAAAAAGGAAAGGACAAAAAAGUUGAAAAAUAAUAUACAAAACAGAAGAUUAAAAACAGUCUGUCUGGAAAUGAAUUUUAGAUCUCUUAUUAUGUAAAACUUUAUAAAAUUUAUUUAGAAAAAGAAAUAAGGUGAUUGUGAAAGAAAAGAAAAUUCAAGAAAACGCCUUUGUUGUUUUAUCAUGGCUCUGCUGGAUACACUUGGAGUGAAUGGAAGCAGUCUAAUCCAAGACUGGGGCGGACAGGUACAACCAGCACUGGUUUUCUCCUUUGUUUUCCUAUUUCUUCUGGAAGCAUGCCUGUGGGUCAGCAAUGUCAUGAAUAAGAGAAGCCCUCCGGGUCCCUUUGCCUGGCCUGUAGUAGGCAAUGCAAUGCAGCUAGGGCACCUGCCCCACUUAACUUUCUGUAAACUAGCCCAGAAGUAUGGCAACAUAUUCCAGAUCAGACUGGGCAGGCAUAAUAUCAUAGUCCUUAAUGGGGAGUCAACCAUCAGGCAAGCUUUGAUCAGACAAAGUACAGAAUUUGCAGGACGACCGAAGUUUGCAUCUUUCCAGAUAAUUUCUGGUGGGAAAAGCAUGGCUUUUGGGGGGUACAACAGUCUCUGGAAAUCCCAAAGAAGGAUAGCUCAUUCUGUUCUUAGAGCUUUCUCAACAGCCAAUGCAGAUACCAAAAAACUGUUUGAGCAGCAUGUGUGUGCUGAGGCAGUAGACCUCAUCAAGGUAUUCAUGCAGCUUGGAGAACAUGGACAGUACUUUAACCCAUCCCAUGAGUUUUCUGUUGCAGCAGCAAAUGUGAUAUGUGCCCUCUGCUUUGGCAAACGAUACAGCCAUGAUGAUGUAGAGUUCCGAGCCCUCUUGAGCAGAAAUGACAAGUUUGGGAAGACAGUUAGUGCUGGCAGCCUUGUGGACACUUUGCCUUGGCUGCAGGCUUUCCCCAACCCUAUACGUAAUAUAUACGAGUCCUUUAAGGAACUCAACACAGAAUUUUUCAAUUUUGUAAAGAAUAAAGUGACACAACACAGACAAACCUACAACCCAGAUGUUACUAGAGACAUGAGUGAUGCCAUUAUCACACUUGUUGAACAUGGAACAGGAAAGAGCCACGGACUAACAAGGGACUACGUGGAAGCUACAGUUACAGACAUCCUGGGAGCAGGACAAGACACAUCAUCCACUGCUCUUACCUGGAUCAUUCUCCUUCUGAUUAAAUACCCUAAUAUUCAAAACAGGCUUCAAGAAGAAAUAGAUAAAGUUAUUGGAAGAGAAAGACUUCCAACUUUAGAAGACUGUAAGAGACUUCCACAUCUAGAAGCUUUUAUCUAUGAGACCUUGCGUUUCACCAGUUUUGUGCCUGUAACCAUUCCUCAUGCCACUACAGCAAAUGUUGUUAUUGAUGGGUUUGAAAUUCCAAAAGACACUGUGGUGUUUAUUAAUCAGUGGUCUGUCAAUCACGAUGAGAAGAAAUGGAAAGAUCCUGGUACUUUUAACCCAUCCAGGUUUCUAGAUGACAAUGGCAGUAUUGACAAGGAUUUGGUCAACAGCGUGAUGAUAUUCUCAUUAGGUAAGAGGAGAUGCAUUGGAGACCAGCUGUCCAGACUUCAGAUAUUCCUGUUUACAUCCAUUCUCCUUCAGCAGUGUACUUUCCAAGCCAACCCUUCUGAGAAACUGACCAUGGACUGCAUCUCUGGUUUAGCUGUAAAGCCACAACCUUUUACAGUUGUUGUUAAAAAGAGGAGUGAAAUGGUAAACGGUAUUACUAAAUAUCCUCUUUAUGAACCUUUUAUUAUGCCAAAUAAUGACAUGAAUAAAUAGCCUGCUAUCACUCAUUUCGGUGGUGACAAACCAGUUCUUCAUAAAGACUAAACUGAACCUAUUGAAUGUGAAGUUUUUUACUUAAAACAAAUGGUUUAAUACAGUUUAUAUUCGGCAUUAUUACUAACCUUAUCACACUACCCAUUAUGUGCUCAAUGGUAAGUUAAGCUGAUCAGAGUAUUUUACUGAAUUAACUAAUUUACAGCUACUCUGUGUUUAAUUAAUCUAUUGUGUACUGAACUAAAUUAUAUUUUCCUAUUUACUGAACAGUGUUCUUUGUAUUUAGUUGUUUAAGAUGAGGACAUGCCAGUGUAUGGCUAACAGUAUGCAUAGCUAACUGUCAUCACCACAUUUUUUUUUCAAAAUGUCCAGCAUUUAUGCAGCAGUGGGCUUUACAAAGUUCUGGCAUUUCACAGAUUUCUCUCUGUUACAGCAUUUGAUCGGUUCAAACAGUUUAGGGUUCUGCACCUUAGUAUAAUAAGUUUAAUAUAAAUGAGUUAAGCUUCCUUUUUAUUUUAUACAUAGUUCCUUUGCCUGCCUUUUUAUUUGAAUUAUAGUGAAUAAGGCUACCUCUUUCUUUCUGAAUUGCCUUUUCCUCAUUCAUUCAACAUUCAUUCUUAGCACAUGUCCUUUAUUCACUAGUAGAGGUUUGAAUCCCAAAGAUGCAAAAAAGGCUGCCAUUUAGAAGCACAGAGUAUAACUGCAACUUUAUGUUAACAAGUUUAUUACUAAUGCAAUUAGCUGGUCAAAACAAAAUUCUAAUAUGCAUGUUAGCAUGCAAACACAAAUGCUGCUUAGUCCACAGAAACACUGUCUCACACAUAACACACAUACACACACAGCCUUCAUACACACACACACACACACACACACACA